UUUUUCUUUAAUUAACUUAUUGCAAUCUUUUUUUUUUUAAGUUCCAAUUACGAUUUAUCCUCGUAAAGGCAAUAAUUGCAUUCCACGUUGCCCUAGUUCAAUAAUUGCAUUCCCCUCCCUCGCUCUGCACUCCAAUUUUCCGUCCAAGUUCAUUUUCUCACGAGAAUCGUCCGAGUGAAACAAGACAAAUCUACGUUAUAAUGUUUGGAUUUGAUUACACUAUAAAAUACAAUUGCACUCAUUCUUCUUCGAUGUGUAUCGAAAUUGAAUUCAAUGGCAUCAGCAUCACCUUCACCAAUUCAGAAAACAGAGGAAGAAUGGAGUGCCAUUCUUUCUCCCGAGCAGUUUCGCAUCCUCCGUCAGAAAGGAACUGAAUUGAAGGGUACUGGAGAAUACAACAAGUUAUUUGAAGAAGGGAUUUACAAUUGUGCUGGUUGUGAAACUCCACUUUACAAGUCUUCAACCAAAUUUGAUUCUGGUUGUGGUUGGCCUGCUUUCUUCGAGGGUUUUCCUGGAGCUAUCAAUCGCUCACCUGACCCAGAUGGUAGGAGGACUGAGAUAACAUGUGCAGCAUGUGGUGGACACUUGGGUCAUGUAUUCAAAGGAGAGGGUUUUAAGGUUCCAACUGAUGAACGUCAUUGUGUCAAUAGUGUUUCUGUUAAAUUCAUUCCUGGAAAUGUUAAUUCUUCAAUAUAAAACUUUACUUUAUAAAUCACAAGUGUUAGGUGAAAUAAAUUGAUUUUUGUAGCCAUGUGUGGAAUUAAUAAAAUUAUUUUCGUUUUUGUUCACUCUU